AUGGACAACACCUCUUCAACACUGAAACGUUGUUAUUAUUUAAAAGACUUCUUCCUUUUCCUGUUGUGUUUAGCCAUCAAAUAGUUGUCGGAAAAACAACAGCAACUGCUGAAGACUACUGAUCCAAGAUGACAAAUCCAAAGGGUAUCAGACGGGGAACCCGUUAUAUGUUUGCCCGUAAAUUCAAACAACACGGCGUCGAACAUCUGUCCACUUAUCUGAAAGUCUACAGACGGGGCGAUAUUGUCGAUAUCAAAGGUAACGGUGCCUUUCAGAAGGGUAUGCCAUUCAAGUACUAUCACGGCAAAACUGGACGCGUCUACAAUGUAACCAAACACGCUGUCGGUGUUAUCAUCAACAAACGUGUCCGCAAUCGUAUUAUUGCCAAGAAAAUCAAUGUCCGAGUGGAGCACUUAUCUCAUAGUAAGUGUCGCCAAGACUUCUUGGAUCGGGUCAAACGUAACGAACAGUUGAAAAAGUUGGCAAAAGAAACCGGCGAACGAUUGUUAUUGAAACGUCAGCCCAAACAGCCGCGUACUGGCCAUUUGAUUCGGGUGUCGACUGUUAACAAACCGCAGAAUUUGCAACCCGUACCGUACGAGUUGAUUGCUUAAGAAGUUUUUUUUAUUAUUGUUUUCUGAAUGUAAUUAAAAAAAAGUAAUAUUAAAGAAAAACAA